GAGAAAGGAGCGUGCUCUGGUUGCUGCGUGCACACGCUCAUUGAGAGAGAGAGAUCCAGCGGGACGGUGCGCUCCUCUGACCCGCUAUGGCUGAUCUGAUCCACCUGCACGACUCUUCCGCUGCGCUCGUCAACCGGUUUGCGCGCAAAGGCGCGCUGCGGCAGAAGAACGUGCACGAAGUAAAGAACCACAAGUUCAUCGCGCGCUUCUUCAAGCAGCCCACAUUCUGCAGCCACUGCACCGACUUCAUCUGGGGAUUUGGCAAGCAGGGAUUCCAGUGCCAAGUGUGCUGUUUUGUGGUGCACAAAAGGUGCCAUGAGUUCGUCUCGUUCUGCUGUCCAGGGGCCGACAAAGGGCCAGACACAGAUGAUCCGAGAAGCAAGCACAAAUUCAAGAUUCAUACCUACGGCAGCCCCACCUUCUGCGAUCACUGUGGCUCGCUGCUGUAUGGACUUAUCCACCAGGGGAUGAAAUGUGACACAUGUGACAUGAAUGUACAUAAGCAGUGUGUGAUGAAUGUGCCAAGCCUCUGCGGAACAGACCACACCGAGCGCAGAGGACGCCUCUUCCUCAAGAUUGAGGUCAGCGGAGACAAACUUCAUGUGACAGUUGGUGAGGCCAGAAACCUGAUUCCCAUGGACCCUAAUGGCCUCUCAGACCCAUACGUGAAGCUGAAGCUGAUCCCUGACCCCAAGAAUGAGACCAAACAGAAGACACGGACCAUCCGCUCUUCUCUCAACCCCACAUGGAAUGAGUCCUUCACCUUUAAGCUAAAGGCCACAGAUAAAGACCGGCGGCUGUCAGUAGAGGUGUGGGACUGGGACAGAACCACCAGGAAUGAUUUCAUGGGCUCCAUGUCAUUUGGAGUCUCAGAACUGUUCAAGGCACCAGUAUGUGGCUGGUACAAGAUGCUGAACCAGGAGGAAGGUGAAUACUAUAAUGUGCCGAUUCCAGAUGUGGAUGACAUUAACUUGGAACUCAGGCAGAAGUUUGAGAAAGCUAAACUGGGCCCAGGCAAGAAAGUGAUCACUCCGUCAGACCACCGGCGCUUCAGUUUUCCCUCCAGCAACAUGGACAGGGUUCGACUCAAUGAUUUCCACUUCCUGGCACUUCUAGGAAAGGGCAGCUUUGGCAAGGUAAUGCUGGCCGAGAUGAAGUCCACGGAGGAGCUGUACGCAAUCAAAAUCCUGAAGAAGGACGUUGUGAUCCAGGACGAUGACGUGGAGUGCACUAUGGUUGAGAAGAGGGUGCUGGCACUGAGGGACAAGCCACCCUUCCUCACCCAGCUCCAUUCCUGCUUCCAGACAGUGGAUCGGCUCUACUUUGUGAUGGAGUACAUUAACGGAGGAGACCUGAUGUACCACAUCCAACAAGUGGGCAAGUUUAAGGAGCCUCAGGCUGUAUUCUACGCUGCUGAGAUUGCCUUGGGCCUGUUUUUCCUGCAUAGGAAGGGAAUCAUCUACAGAGACCUGAAGUUGGAUAACGUGAUGCUGGACUCAGAAGGCCACAUUAAAAUAGCAGAUUUCGGCAUGUGCAAAGAGAACAUGUACGAAAGCAUGACAACGCGUACCUUCUGCGGUACUCCAGAUUACAUUGCCCCAGAGAUCAUUGCAUAUCAGCCUUAUGGAAAAUCCGUGGACUGGUGGGCCUAUGGUGUCCUCUUGUAUGAGAUGCUGGCUGGACAGCCCCCGUUUGACGGUGAGGACGAGGACGAGUUGUUCCAGUCUAUCAUGGAGCACAAUGUCUCCUAUCCCAAGUCCAUGUCGAAAGAAGCUGUGUCCAUCUGUAAGGGACUGAUGACGAAGCACCCAUCGAAGCGACUCGGCUGUGGUCCAGAAGGGGAGAGAGACAUUAAGGAGCAGGCCUUCUUCCGCAGAAUUGACUGGGAACGACUGGCCAACCGAGAGAUUCAGCCACCAUUCAAACCCAAAGUUUGUGGCAAAGGGGCAGAGAACUUCGAUAAGUUCUUCACACGCACCCAACCCAUGCUGACCCCACCAGACCAGCUGGUCAUCGCCAACAUCGACCAGAGCGAGUUUGCCGGCUUCUCCUACAUCAACCCGCAGUUCAUCCACCCGUCACUGCACGGAAGCGUCGUAUGAGGCAGAACCGAAGUGUAACUCCCAACGACAACGAUGAUGACUAUAAACUCAAAAAUCUGUCUGUAUACUGUUAACCCUUUAGCAGAGCAGUUUUACAAGUGGGUGAUGAAAUGGAAUGAUAAAUGUUUGAAUAAUGAGCAGGAUGCCUAGUUUCACAUGGUGCAAUACAUUAAAUAGGUUCCAAUGGUUCUGAAAUCUUAAGAGCUCGAAGGCUUGAGAGCAAUGAUACACUUACAGUCUGUUGUAUAUCUGGUUACAUACAUCUGAACUGACUUGUAUGUCCCUUCCGUGUAUAUUAAUGAUGCAAUAUAACGUGGAUAUCACACAACAUGGUCAAUUGAUCUCAGAUGACCUGAAAGCAUAUUUCAGAGAAGUAGAUGAAAAUUGAUUGGUGACUAAAUUGGAGCAGUGGGCAAUAUCAAAAGACGUGUCGGACCAGUGAAAUCAUUUUACUAUAAAAGUAUAGUACACUGGUUUUCCUUAGUUUUUACCCUUGAAUCGAGAGCCUUGCCAUUCUGUGUGUAUGAGGCAUGUUGACAUGCUUGACUUGCUUUUUUUUUUGUCUUAGCGUUGUCAGUUUCCUCUUAUCUACUGCCAUUUCUAAACUUCCUAAACUAAAUAGACAUAUAUACAUAUAUAUAUUUGUAUAUAAAAAAAAAGAUUAUCUAUUGUUAUAGACGUGCCAAAAUACAGGUGCAUCAAAAGAUUUUAUAACUCUCACUCUGACCAGAUAUUAAUUUCGUACUAAAGCUCUUCUGGAUGUACUGUAAGUCGUCCUGUUAUUUUCAUCCUGACUUGAAAUCUGUUGGAAUAAUUGUUCUGUGCUCCUGUUUGCAGCAUGAGAGUCCUGGAAUGUACAUUUGAUUCCCGAUAACGUUUUGUUCGAGCCGUUAUUUGCAUCAGCCAGCAUGCUGUAUACUGUAUAUAUCAAGACAGACACAAACGGUAAACAGUGUGUGCAUGGUUGCUCUUGUAUACACUGACUUUCGACGCAGAGUGACCACCCUGAUACUGUACUUCCCAACGGACGUUGAGACAAUUGUUUUCCUUCAAAUGAGCCGAGACUACAGUAUGUACGACUCAGAAAAAUGACAGGGUACACGCCGUGCGCAUGCAUAGUAGCCUACCAGCUAUUGCAUCGUGUAAAGUCCAGUGACGAAAAUUAUUGCCUCUACAUGAUUGCGGCCGGUUUGCUGUACUGAAAUGCACAACGCAGUUCUAUGAUGCAUGUUUAUUUCUCUGUUUGUAAAGUCCGUUAGAGAACCCACUAGACAGGCAACAAUCUCCAGUAUCAAACCUGCUUGCGUUAUAUCGUGAAACGAAGUGUUUGUAUUCUUUCCCGUGAUGGAUUCUGUGUUCUACUAUAUGCGCUGAAGUUCUUCUCUACUUCUUAAGAGUGCGUUUUUACUUUCUUCCUGCGUUCUUUGCUUCGUGGAUACUUUCAUAUGAAGAAGUAUGUUUACUGUUACAUUAAAGCAACACUAUAUCAAGCGUUUUUCUAAAUACCGAGGCUGUUUCAAAAGAGAAUUAAUGUUAACUGUCGAUUUUAUACCAAGAACUGAAUGUGCUUUUACAACAUUAGUUGGUUUGGACAUAUCUGUACGCUUUAGAUGACGUGAUUAAAGGAGACUAGUUUGGUAGAACCUUUGAUAGCUUUGGUAUUGGCGAAUCUUGUUAUAUAUGUAUUUCUUGUAUUUAUCAGCACUUUUUUUGUCAAUGUUUUUGAGACAAUAUAAGUGAAAAGCAGUAUCUAGGCAUGAGCGCAGUGUUUAUACCAGCGCUCCUGCACACUAUAUUUUUUUUCGUUAUGUGCACGUGAGGGUGCUGGCAUAUCAGAGCAUGUAAAUCAAGUGUUGAGUCAACUACAAACCAACCACCUCUAGGAAUGGCCAUGUCAUGCCAAGUACAAAGUCCUUUACUUGCCCUUUACUUUCAUGUUGUCAUUUUUGUUUCCAUUUUCCUCAUUGUUUCCGUCUUUCUGUAUCUGGCCACUGAAAUAUCUUGUACAUUGGCUUGCACAAGAGUUCACCCCCAUGAACUUUUCCACAUUUUACAGUGUAAAAACUUGCAACCGAAAUGGACAUACUUAGGAUUAUAUUUGGUGAAGCGUCACACGAUGGUCCAGUAUAUUGAAGUCUUGGAAAAUCUCUAUACUGUAGUUUGCGGAGUUAUUUAGAAAAGCAAAAACGUUCUAGUAGUAACUGUAGACAUAUUCACCCCAAUUGAUGUUCAGUGGUGCAACCAGUUGCCAUAAAAAGUCACCGUUCAUUGAAUAAUUUGUGAAAUCAAGUCCACUUGUGUCACAUAGAACUUACAGUACUGUGCAAAUGUCUUAGGCACCAUAUAUUUUUUUUUCAUCGAAACGUUGACCUCUACAUUAUCGAGUCGGUACAAAAACAUUUUAGAGUUCCAAACGUUCGUUUUCCAGCACAAAUUUAAACGUUACAGAAAAAAACAUUUUGUAUCUGAGCAGCAUAUUACAUAAGAGAGCACGUUUCAGAUGAAAAAAGAAAACAUAAUGAAGGCUACUGGGUUUUGGUGCAAAAUUAAGACGCAAGUAUGACAGUCGACGUGUCCAGAAGAACCGUGCUGCUUCUGCAAGAUGCUCAGUAAAACCAUUGUACCCGAGACUACUUUUUUUUUUUUAAGCAAAGGGAUCGUCUCACACCAAAUAUUGACUUUAUUUCAUUUAUUAUGGCUUACUGCUGUUUAUAGUAUUUUUUUUAAUGUUGAAACAUUUCAUUUUAUUAUUGUGUAAGCUGUUUUUGGUCUACAGCAUUUCUUUAGAUGUGCCUAAGACUUUUGCACAGUACUGUAUAAACAACAUUAUGAAGACCAAGCAGCUAUCAAAACGAGAUUUCUGAAAAGCUAUUAAUUAAGGUUUGGUUAUUAUUAAAAAAAUUUCAAACUGAAAACAUCCCACAGAUCACCAUUAAAUUCAUUAUUACAAAUGGAAAGAAUAUGGCACAACUGCGGCUCUGCUUAGACAAAACCGUCCACCAAGUCCACCAGUGACCAGGUAAAGAGGGCAUUAGUCGGAGAAUGUGUAAAAGUGUCAGGGGAUAAUAAUAACAGAGUAGUUAAGAUUUAAGACUCUUUCUUCAGGGUCCGGUAGUGACUCUCUGACGAUACUGGGACUUGAACUCUUAAACCUCUAUUGCUUAAGUGUUCUGAAAUUCGAGUCUUCAUUCAUUUGUGCCAAAAAAAAUCUGUAUCUCUGUAUGGAUAUAGAAAAUGUAAUCAAAUUAACUUUGAGAAUGACCCAUCAGGAAUCCCGUUCCCCCAACCCAAUACCUCAGGAUGUUCCCAUACACAUUCACUAUUAAUGUGCCAAUGAUCUUAGUGGAUUAUUGUCAACUUUGAUACUUUAUCAGUGGAUUUGUCCACGUUGUUUAUUGAAUUAGGACAGAAAUCAUUGGUUUGGGUUUCUCGCCAUUCAACAUUAGUGUUCUGUUCACUGCAUUGCAAUGGAUAUAUUAACCCAAGCCAUCUCUUUCAUUUUUAUAAUAAUACAGCUCUAUCCUUUAUUUUAAAAUACCCAAUACAUCUUUAAUAAUAUGUCAUGUAUUAUUAAUGAUCUUCAUUUGAGUUAUUAGACUAUAUAAACAUUUAUAGAAAUGUCUGGAAAUAGGUGCUCAAAACCUUCUCACAUGCUUGGGAUCAUCCUGAUGGCAGGUGUGAUUUGAAAUAAUCAAAGCAAACAAUUUUGUGUUGGAAAAUGACUUUUUUCUUUUUUUUUCUUUUUUUUAGCAUUCCUUCACAUUAAAGUUUAUGAAUCUUACUUAAAUAUGAAAAUUAUUUGAAACUUACCACCAUCAUGGUUAUGUCAAUGAGAUGGCACCAUAUAUUGCAAGAAUUACAGCAUGUCUCACAUUGAGAAGGUUGUAAUUGUAUGAAUUAUUUCACCGUCUCAGAUAAUGACAACGUCCAAAAUCUCUGUGGGUCGAAGAAUAUAUUUAUAUAAAUCUUCAUAAGAGAUUCGAAUUAAAAAAAAAAAAAUCAAUAGAUCCAGAUCAGUGUUUUAGUUUGAAAACAAUAUUUUUUUCCCUUCCUGUUUAUA